GCUGGAGCGGCAGAGCUUGCUUAUGGAGGAAGACGGCACUGCGAACUGGCAACAUCUGUAACUUCUCUCUGGGAGAUUUUUUUUUUUUUUUGCGCACGAGAGUGCGCGAUAUUUUGUGAGUAAACAUGCCAGUGAGAAGAGGACACGUCGCUCCACAAAACACAUUUCUUGGGAUAAUUAUCCGGAAAUUCGAGGGUCAGAACCGUAAAUUUGUGAUAGCCAACGCCAGGGUGGAAAACUGUGCAAUCAUAUACUGCAACGACGGCUUCUGCGAGAUGACGGGCUUUUCCAGGCCGGACAUCAUGCAGAAGCCGUGCACGUGCGACUUCCUCCACGGCGACCAAACGGAUAAGGAGGCCAUCGGCCAGGUGGCCCUGGCUCUGAGGGGCUCUGAGGAGCGCAAGGUGGAGAUCACCUACUACCGCAAGGAUGGGUCAGACUUCCAGUGUAACAUUCACAUUAUCCCGGUGAAGAAUGAGGAGGGUGUGGUGAUGAUGUUCAUCCUGAAUUUUGAUUACGUUUUGGAUGAGGGGAGUGACAACUCCACAGAGAAAAUAAGCCCCGCAUCGCCUACAAAGUCUGAUCAAAGAAGGAGCAGAUUUUUCCGCUUCCGCCAGGCUGCCUUGAGCUUAAUGAAUACCAACAAGCAAUCUCUUCCACAAGAGGACCCAGAUGCUGUGAUGGUGGACUCACCCAAAGACACUGAGGACUCGGUAGCCCUGCAGAGUUUCCCCUCACCCACGAAGAGCAUUUGCAGUCCCAUUGAGGCCAAUGACACCCACGCUCUCAUCAGCUCCAGUCACCAGUCCUCCCAGGCCAGCAUAGCUCCUGAACCACUGGACCAUUCGUCCCCCAAACUCCUGUGGGAAAAGCUGUACCAGACGGAGGUGCACCAGUCCUCUACCUCCCUGUCCAAUACCUUUCCAAGAGGAAGCAUCACGAGCAUGAGGCGAGCGUCGUCUGUUCAUGAGAUUGAAGGGUACAGCUCCAGUUCCAAAAGUAUAUUCAGGGACCGUCAUACAAAUGAAGGUCCAUUUAAUCACGUGAAGUCCAGCCUGCUCGGCUCCACGUCGGAUUCCAACAUAAACAAGUACAGCACCAUCAACAAAAUCCCUCUGAUAGCCCUAACCUUUUCGGAAGGUAAUGACAAGAAGAAUCACUCCCCUCCAACAUCGGAGAAAACAAUCAUUGCUCCAAAGGUCAAAGACAGGACGCACAACGUCACAGAAAAAGUGACACAGGUCUUGUCACUAGGAGCUGAUGUUCUGCCAGAGUACAAGCUGCAGACGAACCGGAUCGACAAGUUCACCAUUCUUCAUUACAGCCCAUUCAAAGCUGUGUGGGACUGGCUGAUCUUGCUGUUGGUCAUCUACACGGCCAUCCUCACGCCUUACUCUGCUGCCUUUCUUCUCAACGACCAAGAGGAGCAGAGGAGGCGUGAAUGCGGAUACUCGUGCAGCCCACUCAAUGUGGUGGACCUCAUCGUGGACAUCAUGUUCAUCAUUGACAUCCUCAUCAACUUCAGGACCACGUACGUGAACCAGAACGAGGAGGUGGUCAGCCAUGCAGCCAAGAUAGCAAUCCAUUACUUUAAAGGCUGGUUCUUAAUAGACAUGGUGGCAGCCAUUCCCUUUGACCUGCUUAUCUUCGGCUCAGGAUCAGAUGAGACGACCACUCUGAUCGGCUUGCUGAAGACAGCGAGGCUCCUUCGUCUGGUACGAGUAGCCAGGAAGCUGGACCGCUACUCUGAAUAUGGCGCCGCCGUAUUGAUGCUUUUAAUGUGCAUCUUUGCCCUCAUCGCUCACUGGCUCGCCUGCAUAUGGUACGCCAUUGGUAAUGUGGAAAAGCCUUACUUGGAGCACAAAAUUGGCUGGCUGGACAAUCUGGGAGUGUCCAUAGGGAAGAGAUACAACUACAGUGAUCCUAACUCUGGUCCGUCCAUCAAGGACAAGUAUGUCACUGCUCUCUACUUCACCUUCAGCAGUCUAACCAGCGUGGGAUUUGGCAACGUUUCGCCAAACACAAACUCGGAGAAGAUCUUUUCCAUUUGUGUCAUGCUGAUCGGAUCCCUCAUGUACGCCAGCAUCUUUGGGAACGUUUCAGCCAUCAUCCAAAGGUUGUACUCGGGUACGGCGCGCUACCAUGCGCAAAUGUUACGGGUCAAAGAGUUCAUCCGUUUUCAUCAGAUACCCAAUCCACUGAGGCAGAGGCUGGAGGAGUACUUCCAGCACUCCUGGGCCUACACCAACGGAAUUGACAUGAACACGGAGGUGCUCAAAGGUUUCCCGGAGUGCCUGCAGGCAGAUAUUUGUCUUCACCUCAAUAAUAAUCUUCUUCACAACUGCAAAGUGUUCCAAGGAGCCACCAAAGGCUGCCUGAGGGCCUUGGCAAUGCACUUCAAGACCACUCACGCCCCUCCUGGAGACACUCUGGUCCACAGUGGAGACGUACUCACUGCCCUCUACUUCCUGUCCCGUGGGUCUAUUGAGAUCCUGAAAGAUGACAUUGUGGUCGCCAUCCUGGGUAAAAAUGACAUCUUUGGUGAAAUGAUCCAUCUAUUUCCCAAACCUGGAAAGUCCAACGCUGACGUCCGGGCUCUUAGUUACUGCGACCUGAGUACCAUCCAGAGGGAGGAUCUUCUGGAGGUGUUGGACAUGUAUCCAGAGUUUGCCGACUACUUCUUUGCCAACCUGGAGCUGACCUUCAAUCUCAGAGAUGAGUCUGCGAAGCCUCCCAGUCUCGAGAGCUGUGACUCAGAUGGUGAGGGCACCAGGAGUAUUAAAAGAAGGAUUUCAUUCACACCAGAGCCACCCAAAGUGGAAAACAAUGAAGUCAGUACAGAACUGGAAAGCGGGAGGGAGUCAAACCUAUGCCUAAAGAGAUGUUCCGAAGUCCGGGGUCCCUCGACACCCAGCAGCCCUGUUCUGGACUCUAAUCGUCUCGGACACAACGAGGUCACAAACGGCUUGAGGAGAAGUCCAUCUUUUCAAGAUCUGUGCUGUGAUAAAUGGGUGUGCAAGAAGUCUAGAGACUACCUGGAUGAGUCAGCACAGUUCCAGGAGCUGAGAGACGAUAAUUCGGCCAGCGAACUUACCUACGGUGAGGUGGAACAGCGCUUAAAUCGGCUGCAAGAGCAUUUAAACAGGUUGGAGUCUCAGCUAACGUCCGACAUUCAAACCAUCCUGCAGCUGCUGCAGAGACAGCCCACGCUGGGUCCUCCAGCUUACAGCACUGUGACCGCCAGUCCCGACUAUCAUGGAUCUGCCGUGAAAAUUCAGCCUGCUGCGUUGACAGCGAGCCAUUUUUUCAGCCAUACACAGAGUCAAGGCCCUAACCACAAAGUCAAGAAGGCCUUUCAGGACUCUGCUGUGCCGAGCUUGGCCAGCCUGAUGGUGCCGGUCGAGGAGAACCUUUCAACAUUGCUUUUACAAAGACAAACAGAAACACAACAACAACAGCAGCAGCAGCAGCAGCAAGAGAUUAGUAGGGAUCAACAGUCAACGUUGCUCCUGAUUCCAACAGCCUCCUCCUCAUCGCCCCUUUCAGACUGCAACCUCAAUGCCACUGGACUCCAAAGACCUGUCUCAGACCCAGAGCUGCCAAGGCCGUAA